UCGUAAGAGAGAGAAAGUGCAAACGAAAAAAAAUUGCUUGAUUUGCUUGACUCAGUUGAUAUUGGGCCAUCAAGCCGAACGGACAAGCUGAUUGUGUGUGAUUGAGGUUUUAUUUCGCUGCCAGCAGCGAUUCACGGUAUUUUUGUUGUUGUUUUUCUACCUUUCUUCGCGAAUCCGUUUCAAGCAACAAAAUGUCGAACGCCCGCCAACAUGCACAAACGAUAGGCAAACGCGCUUUUUGGACUGAAUUUUUUGCCUUAUACGAAAGUUUGCCAUCUUUGUGGGAUCUUAAUGACCCAUCGUACAAAGAUAGACAAAGUAAGGCACAUGGCUACGAGAUGUUGGUUAUGAAAAUGCGCGAAAUUGAUCCGCAUGCAUGUCGAGAAGAUGUGCUCCGCAAAAUAAACAUUUUUCGUACCAAUUAUCGACGGGAAUGUGCACGGAUCAAGACGAGCUAUCGGAUGGGCAAACGAUAUACAACUUCACUUUGGUACUUUCACAUGCUCAAUUUCCUGCAGACACAAGAGUUUCGCAAGGAUCGAAAACGUUUGCCAAAUGAGGAAAAGAAAAUUUUGCGUCGCGUUGGCAGCAAAAUGAUGCCAUCCCAAUCUGACAAUGAGACUUCGAGGUUGCAGGUCUCGGAUUCAUCCCAAGCAUUGCCAGAUAACUCUAGUGAAUACAAGAGCCAAAUUAGCAAAUAUGAAUGCAUAUCAGACAAUGGAACUGAGUCAGAAGAACAUUUAGAAGCAGUCCAGUACGCAGAUGAGAAUUCAUUUCAACAACAAUUCCAAAAUCAAUUUCAUACAUUAUCGUUUGCAAGCCAAAAUCAGCAGAACAUAAAAUCUACAAUAGAAGGAGAAUCGGAUGCCGAGAAUUUCCACGAGAUUAUCAAUACCGACGAUUCAUCUCAGCCGCAUGACGAUGCCCUAGAAGAGCUUGAACUAGUAGAACAUAGUUUAUGCAACAAGGAUGUACUUUCAACAUGCAGAGAAUCUACGCCACCGCAAUUUUCAGAGCAACCAAUAACGAUAACGACAAGAAAAAUUACGAAAACACCAUCAAAAGUAAAGUCAGACGCAAAACUACGCCAUGAACGACAAUCUCGAUCCAGCCGUCCUAUAAGUGAAGCCUCAGAGAUAUUAGCCAAGUCGUGGGCCAUACAGUACGAAGAAAUGUCUCACGAACAGCGGAUAUAUGCGCGAAAAGCGAUUUCUGAAAUUCUUUUUGAAGGCUGCCUUGGAAACUUGGGCCGUCGUAGAAUUGUUCAACAGAAAGCAAAUGCGUCAGAAGCUGUGGUUUCAUCGCAAUAUGAGCAGGCUCAAAUAAUGGAGGAGAGUGCAGUUACCGAAAAUGUAACCGAGGAAACUUUACUGCAUAUGGACGAUGACAGUCAUACUUACGUUUACGGCGGUGGCAGUGGCCCCGUGCAGAUCCAAGAAUAUAUUUAAUUAGCUUUGUAUUUCACCGAAGUAUUCUAUAAUUGCCACUUGUAGGUAUAAUUUACGGAUUAUAUGCGUGCGCAAAUAUUAAAGAAUGUUUGUGAAUCGCAUUGCUCGCUUGCAUUUCAAAAAUCGUCAAUUUCCACUAGUUUCACCUACUCCGGCUCUUGAUCUUUUUUCAUUGUGCCAUGGUUUUUUUUUAAGAAAUGUGAGACUUUGACAUUUGCAUACUUGCUCUCUGGAUGUGUUUAUUUAUCUCUGUGAAGCUAACGACCGAGCUGUGUUUGUUGUUUGCGUUUGUUUUACAAUUAUCAAUUUCUUUGUAAUAAAUGAAUUGUCUGGUUAAAGAUAAA